UUUUGGUGUCCUUCUUUUCAGCGAACCGCCAUCAUUCCAGCUAGCCAUCCUAGCAGCCAGCCUGCAAACCGGCUAGCCAAUCAACCAUCCAGCCGAGUGGCCAAUGAACUGGUCAAUCAAUCAACACAACCAAUCCAGCCAUGUAGGCAACCAAAUGAGGGAAGCAGGCGGCAGGGGACGACGACGUUCGGACAAGUCUCUCCGGGCCUAUCGAGGCAGGCUGGGGGGGCCUCGGGCCAGAGAGCUUCGCGACGGCCGAAGAAGAUGACGAAAGUGAAGGGUUCCGAGCUCCAGAACACAUCAGUGCAAGAGAACACGCACCUUUUGUCCAGCGCGAGCCUGCUUGCUUACAGAGGGCCUACUUACUGGUGGACAAAAAACACUUCACACAUCGCAGCCGCGUUCAGGCUACGUGCCCCAGGCGCGAGGCGCGGUGGUUAUGUAUAAAUCCCCGCCUCGGACAGGCUGUGUGCCCCGGGCGUGUCCCGCAAACUAAGUGGCAGCAGAACCUCGCGAGGGACUCGAGGCGAUAGGCCGCUCACAGCAGCUCCGGCUUGUUGAAGUAGAUCCAGAACAGCACCGCGGGGCCCAGACCGAUGAUGAAGACGGCCCAGCCCAGCUGCAGCACCGCGUACCCCUGGUUCGCCGCGUGUGCCGCCUCGGGUGCCGUGAUCGCCGCGCCGAGCACCGCCAUCUGAGCCACGCGUGCCGGCGUGACGGCUGUCUCGGCGGGGGCGGCCGGCGCUGGCACGAACGCGGGCGCUGCAAGGCUGGCCAGGCACAUCACGGCCGCCACGCAAAGCGCGGCGGCGGCGAUGUGGGACGACGAGCGGCGGGGCAUUGCGCUGGUGAGGAGCGGUGUGGCAAGGCUGGUCAACAGAAACAGCUGGAGCCGAACGAACUGUGGAACGAGGAAGAGGAGGAGGAGGAGUCCGCCGAGCUUCCAAACAGUGGCAAGAUUGCACAGCGCAUCAGUCUAGUCGCGGCCAGGCUUCGGGCCGAUCUUGCACAACACAUCCCGCCCGAGCGAGACCCAGCCCCGAUCGCGGUCGAAGAACACUUUGACAUCUGGCAAGUGCUUAUGCACGGCACUCUUAGUCGAUGCUAUUCAUCUUGAUAUUGCGAGGGUUCCUGUCGCGUGAAAUUCGAAGUCGCACAUCGCCACUUCCAGCAUGAGCAGAUACUUCGAAUUGACGCCAUUCUCCUCGAAACAUGCGAACGCUCCAUAAGGCCUUGCCAGCGCGACGAGCAGCCAAGCAUGGUGCACCCAGGACCUUGAGAACGAACUGCUUCGACACCGGGUCCGUGGAGGUCAGCUCGUACUGGUCGACGGCCACCGCGAUCUCCGCCAUCCACUCCUUGAGCGUAGACUUGGCAUCAGCACGAGCGAAGAGUUGGCCCUGGUACGAAUGAGUCUUUCGAUCGAACUGGGACGCUGUCGAGAUCUGGAUCGAGUUCGGGGUCUGCUUAUUCGCCAUGGCCAACGCCUCCUCCAGAGCUUUCAUCUGUGCCGCCAUCUGCGCCAGGAGCGCGUCGUGGUCCGACAGGCGAGAGGUAUGUUCACGGAGUUGAGCAUCGACAUCAUCAAUGCGAACGACCAGCUCAUGUCGAAGUUCAUCCAUCUUCGGCGGUGAUAUGCUUGUCCAGCUUCGCGGGGCAGGCCUGCAGGUCCUGCGGGCUCUUGGCGAGGCACGCGUUGACGUUGGUGGCGGCAGGUCGACUCGGCCUUGACUGUGGCAGCACCCGUGGUUCCCACCACCUCGCCGAACGUCUUUUGGAUGUGGGCGAGAGAUAUCUUCUCUCUCUCUCACACACACACACACACACGCCCGCACG